AUGAAUCGGCAAUGGGGGUAUGAGAAGAGUCAUAAUCUGAAGAUGCUUAAGCCAGAUAUGCUAGAUCGAAGUGUCUUUUGGGAAAAUACACAUUCGUGUGUAGUAACUAAGCCAGAGAUUCUAGAUUUUCUCCACAAAAGCGAGAAAGUCACAGUCUACAGGGCAGGAAUUGGGUCGCUUUCAGGGCAGUCAAAGGUGACAUUGACAGACGGCACUGAUGUUGAGGUAGACGCCCUCAUUUUCGCUACAGGCUGGAACACCACAGUGCAGGAUCCCUCCCGCUCUGGUUCUAUGUCCCCCGGACGUUUUCGAGUUUCAUCUGCCCCUCACCUCGGCCUUCCAUAUCCCAAAGAUUACUACCCCAAGGAACUUAGUCAGAAGUGGAGGAGUUUGGGUCAUGAAGCAGAGCUUAGGGUUAGUGAGCUAUUCCCGCGACUAGCAUCACCGCCACCCUCUUAUAGGGUCCCAAAUGUGCCCCACACCCCGUUCCGCCUCUACAACUGCAUCCUCCCAACUGAGCUCUACAAAAGUAAUGAUAGAUUAUUUGUUUUUGUCGGUGCUAUCGGGACAGGGUAUACGGCCAUCGUAUCCGAAGUCAAUGCAGUGUGGGCUGUGGCUUGGAUGACGGGGAAGUUGGAAUUGAAAAUCUCAGCGAAGGAAAUGGAGAAAGAGGUGGCAUUACUAGAUGUGUGGGUGAAAAAACGGUACCUGACAGUCGGAGAGAAGAUCCCAUACAUAUUGUAUGACUUCUUGCCCGUAAGCCAACUCCGCCCCUGA